GCUCCCCACUGCGCAAGUCUAGCAUCAUGGGGAAGGGAGACACCUCAGAAACAACAUCAGUUACCCCAGCCUAUCGCUCUGUCAUGGAGGAGUAUGGUUAUGAGGUGGGCAAGGUCAUUGGCCAUGGCUCCUAUGGAACAGUCUAUGAGGCUUACUACACAAAGCAGAAGGUCAUGGUGGCUGUCAAGAUCAUCUCAAAGAAGAAGGCCUCUGAUGACUAUCUUAACAAGUUCCUACCGCGUGAGAUACAGGUAAUGAAAGUCCUACGGCACAAGUACCUCAUCAACUUCUAUCAGGCCAUUGAGACCACAUCCCGAGUAUACAUCAUUUUAGAGCUGGCUCAGGGUGGUGAUGUCCUUGAAUGGAUCCAACGAUAUGGGGCCUGCUCUGAGCCCCUUGCUGGCAAGUGGUUCUCCCAGAUGGCCUUGGGCAUCGCUUACCUGCACAGCAAGGGCAUUGUGCACAGCCUGACCCCCAGCCUUUCUGCUGCUGGUAGGGACUUAAAGUUGGAGAACCUGUUGCUGGACAAGCGGGAGAACGUGAAGAUAUCGGACUUUGGCUUCGCCAAGAUGGUGCCUUCUAGCCAGCCUGUGCGUAGUAGCCCUUCUUACCGCCAAAUGAACGGCCUUUCCCACCUCAGCCAGACCUACUGUGGCAGCUUUGCUUAUGCCUGCCCGGAGAUCUUGCUGGGCUUGCCCUACAACCCUUUUCUGUCAGACACCUGGAGCAUGGGCGUCAUCCUCUACACUCUAGUGGUUGCACGUUUGCCCUUUGAUGACACCAAUCUCAAGAAGCUGCUGAGAGACACCCAGAAGGAGGCCACAUUCCCAUCUAACAUCAACAUCUCCCAGGAGUGCAAGAACCUGAUCUUCCAGAUGCUACGCCAAGCUACCAAGCGUGCCACCAUCCUGGAUGUCCUCAAGGACCCCUGGAUGCUCAAGUUCCAGUCUGAGCAACCCACGAAUGAAAUCAAGCUGCUUGAGGCGAUGACUCAGCACGUCAGCAACACUAAUCGCCGCCAGUCCUUGGAAAUCACAGCUUGA